ACUGAUGGCCGAUUAACAAAACCCCCUGUCAAAACACACAAACGAGUACACACAUUCCUCAAUGCAACCACUACAUAUAUGAUGACAUUCAUAGCUAUACUAUUUUACCCCUAAAAUUUCAUUGAACUGCGUUAAUCUCUCAUUUUCGAUCAUCUUUUCUCUCUGAUCGAAGCAGUCAAUCGGCGAAACGAAAUACCCUCGUCUCCGGUUUCGAUUCAGCAACCCAUCUCUCGUUUCCGAUCAUUCUCCGAAGUGAUCGACUUCAAUUUUCGGUUUCUUUACACCUGUACUUUCUUUAUUUCAUCUGGUUGGAAAAUCGCUAAAUGUCGACCAUGAAAUGCGAUGAACUGGAGGUGGUCGGAGGUGGGGCGAUUAUCACCGACUGGAAUGACAUUCCGAUGGAGCUUCUGUUGAGGAUUGUUUCUUUGUUAGAUGAUCGAACUGUCAUCAUCGCUUCUUCUGUUUGUAGUGGAUGGAGAUACGCUAUCUGUUCGGGACUUUCUCAUAUUUCAUUCUCUUGGUGCAAAAACAACAUGAACAGCUUGGUGCUUUCCAUGGCUCCCAAGUUUAAAAACUUAAGGGGUUUGAUUCUCCGGCAAGAUAAGCCACAGCUGGUUGAUUACGCCGUCGAGACCAUCGCAAAUAACUGUCACGACUUGCAGGAAGUCGACCUCAGCAAAAGCUUUAAACUUUCCGAUCGAUCUUUAUACGCUUUAGCUCAUGGUUGUCGUAGCCUUAUCAAGCUCAACAUCAGCGGAUGCUCUUCAUUUAGUGACAUCGCUCUUGCGUAUCUCACUGGGUAUUGCAGAAAAUUGAAAAUCUUGAAUCUUUGUGGGUGUGUCAAAGCUGCAUCCGAUAAAGCCUUGAAGGCUAUUGGAUACAACUGUGGUGAACUUGAGUCGUUGAAUCUUGGGUGGUGUGAGGAAGUUAGUGAUGCUGGAGUAAUGAGCUUAGCUUUCGGAUGUCAUGAUCUACGUGCACUUGAUUUAUGUGGUUGUGUUCUUAUAACAGAUGAGAGUGUGAUAGCACUUGCGAACAAUUGUCGACAUCUGAGAUCAUUGGGUCUUUACUAUUGUCAAAACAUUACGGAUAAAGCUAUGUAUGCAUUGGCACAGAGUCGAGUAAAGAAUGAAGAUGAAGUAUGGGAGUCUGUUAAAAGCAGAAGGUAUGAAGAAGAUGAAGGGCUUAUGAACCUGAACAUAAGUCAAUGCACGGCGUUGACUCCGCCGGCUGUUCAGGCACUAUGUGAUUCUUUUCCGGCACUUCAUACAUGUCCCGGUAGGCAUUCACUUAUUAUAAGUGGGUGUUUGAAUUUAACUUCUGUUCAUUGUGCUUGUGCUUUUCAAGCACAUCGUGCACUCAACACGCUUGCUCAUCAUGCGUAUUAGAAACGGGUCGGGCUUAGACUUGUUGGGCUUGAAUCGGGUUUUGACUUUAUCAUGGGCUAGGUUUCUAUGGGUUGUUUCUUGUUGUUUUGGGAUGGAAAUCAUGUUAUAUAUGUUGGUUGUGUUUUGAUUUAGCAGUUUUUGAACUUGUUAACGUUUGGAUAUUGAUAUCAAGAGAGAAAUUAUUAGA